AUGGAACAUAUACAUUUGAUUCUUUUACUCUUUAGUAAGGCCUUAUCAGCUGGAGCUCAGUUUAAUGGAUUCAACUGUGAUGCCAACUUUCACAGCCGCUUUCCCGCGGAGAGGGAUAUUAGUGUCUACUGUGGGGUGCAGACCAUCACCCUCAAAAUCAACUUCUGCCCUGUCCUCUUCUCCGGCUACACUGACACUGACCUGGCCCUCAAUGGUCGCCAAGGAGAUGCUCACUGCCGUGGAUUCAUCAACAACAACACCUUUCCUACUGUUGUAAUCUUUAGUAUCAGCCUGGCAUCACUGGAGUCCUGUGGCAACGCCUUAGUGGUGUCCACGGCACAAGGACCCAAUGCUUAUGGGAACCUGUCACUGGUGCAGAUUGGUAACAUAUCAGGGUACAUUGAUACACCGGAUCCUCCCACUGUCAUCAGCUACUUGCCCGGUCUGCUCUACAAGUUUAGCUGCAGUUACCCACUGGAAUACCUGGUCAACAACACACAGCUGGCCUCGUCAGCAGCUGCAAUCUCAGUGAAGGACAGCAAUGGUACCUUCAUCAGCACGUUGAAUCUCCUGCUUUACAAUGACUCCUCGUACGUCCAGCAGCUGUCCAUCCCCAUGGCAGGACUGACCCUGAAGACACGGGUGUUUGCAGCUGUGAAAGCCACUAACCUGGACAGGAGAUGGAACGUGCUAAUGGACUACUGUUACACCACGCCCUCUGGAAACCCCAACGAUGACCUCCGCUAUGACCUUUUCUUUAGCUGUGAAAAAGACCCUCAGACCACCGUCUUUGAGAAUGGGAAGAGCCAAAUGGGUCGCUUUGCCUUUGAAGUAUUCCGCUUUGUAAAGCACAAGAACCAGAAGAUGUCCACUGUUUUCCUGCACUGCGUCACCAAGCUGUGUCGAGCAGAUGACUGUCCGUUGCUCAUGCCAAUUUGUGGCAGCAGGAAAAAACGGGACAUCUCCGAGGGAAAAGAAUCAGCAUCUGGAAAUGCUGUUCUGACUGCCGGGCCCAUCAUCACUCGGAUUGAUGAAACGCCAACCAACAACUCUCAGCUGGCCCAUUUGAAAGCUCCAGUGUUUCAGAUGAACACGGUGACCAGCGCCCUCAUCUCAGGCGUGAUCAUCUUGGGGGUCAUGAGCGUCUGUUUCUUCAUCUUCUCCCUCACCCUCCUCAAAGGCAAGACCCCUCCUGUCAGCAGCCUGUCUGGAGUCCGCAACCCCGCCUUCAACUGA